AUGGCUGACAGAAAGCUCCCCAGCUUUGACGAACUCCCCCACUUCCACGAGUACACGGGCUGUGCUUGGGAAGUGUGGGGCAAAGACGACGAGCUUGGGACCGUGAACCUUCUCACUGAGAAAGUCAUCAGCGAGGCCGCGAAGGAGAUCAAGAUAGGCAAGACGUUCUGCUUGAACCUACCAAUUAACUACCCGAGCAAACCGACGUUCAAGCGUCAGCCGGCCAUUCAUACGCAGUGGAUGCUUGACGAGUGCAGCAACGAUGACACAAUCUCCAUCAACACCCAAUCUGGCACGCAGUGGGACGGGCUCCGCCACUUUGGUAUCUUCAACGGCCACAAUGUGUUUUAUCAAAACAUUCCUGCUUCCGAGUUCGCUUUAGGCCACUUCUUCAUCAGUGACCCCGAAGAUUUGAAAAGGUAUAUACACAAGAUCAAGCUUGGCAUCCAUAACUGGGCGCAGCACGGCAUCUGCGGCCGUGGCGUGCUCCUCGACAUGGUAAGGUUCUACACGGAGGACGGCAAGAAGCCACUGCCGUACGAUCCCUGGUCGACGCACGCGAUCCCAGCAAGCGACUUCGAGGCGUGUGCGAAGAAGCAAGGCGUCACGUUCAAGACUGGCGACAUCCUCAUCUACCGUGGCGGCUUCACGCAGAAGUGGUAUGCCGCGACGCGGGCGGAGCGUGAGUCACUCUCAGCGAAGCCAGAAGCUUUCGCUGGGAUUGACCAGUCUGAGGACAUGAAGAGGUUCCUUUGGGACAACCAUUUCGCGGCGAUCGCCUCUGACCAGCCUUGCAUUGAGCGCUGGCCGAAGCCCGAGGGCACUCCGCACAUGCACUCGACGCUACUCGGCCUGUGGGGUAUGCCUAUCGGCGAGUACUUUGAGCUCGAGAAGCUGGCCGAGGCGUGUGCCGAGUCGAAACGGUACACGUUCUUCUUCACUUCGUGGCCGCUUAACAUUCUUGGAGGCGCCGCCAGCCCUCCCAACGCUGCAGCUUAUUUCUAA